AUGUCGUUCAGCAGUUUCUACUCUGUCGUCAAUGCGAUCAAAGACAAGUCGGCUGAGGCCAUGACGACGCUGAGCUCGGACCUGCAGGAGUUCAAGUCGGUCGUCCAGGAGGACGUGGCCGAGCUAUCGAAGCAAAUGCGACCGAAUAGACCGGACGGCAGUCGUCCAAGUGCAGAGACCUGCGACUCGGAGGAGCAUGGUGAAAUCAAGAUGAAUGAGAAAGCUGAAGCAGAGGAAGAGGCUGUGGGUGGGACGGAAGCGCAGAGUGAAGACGUGCAGGAAGUGGACCCGUUGACGUCGUUGAAGAAGUCGCUGUUUUCAUUUGGUCCACUCACUGCCGUAAGCAGCUCCAUGCAGGAGUCACUGAGUUCCGUACAAGGAUCUCUGACGUCAGUAGGCAGUAAAUUGACGUCUCUGACGGUUGGUGGUAGCUUGGAAUCGCUGGAAGCAAUGGGGUCGAAGUUCCUGAACUCGGCCGACGAGUUUCUGGGCUCGUUGUCUGGAGAAGCAGCCUAUGAAGACGAGCAAAAUGUAAGUGAAAGUGCAUUGGCAGCGAGGAGGUUUCGACUGCUGGCCCUUCAAGGAGAUGAAAAGACGUACAUUGAGCCACCUGUGGACGUGGAAGCUUUUGAGAAGUGGAAAAGCGAGAUAUUGGCUGAAGAUCUCGCGGAGGUGGAGAAGGAAGUGCUGGAGAAUUACCCGACGGUGGGCAAAAAGGUCGCCGAGUUGGUCCCGUCUGCUGUCGGGUCAGAUGUGUUUUGGACCCACUAUAUCUACAAGGCAUCGCUGCUGGCUGCACAGGAGAUACGCGGAGCAAACUUGGUGGAACAAGCUCUGAACGAUGAGGAGGAAGAGAUUGGCUGGGACGCUGACUCGCCGAAAGCUAAGGACGAUGAUGGCAAACCGAUUUUUCUCGAUGACGAGUCGAAAGAAGGGGAGGAGACAGUGCCGCCUAUGAGUGUGACAAAUGGCCCGGCCUCGUCAAGCGACGGAGAGAGCUGGAUUGAGCUGAAUGAGCGCAAAGAGUCGACGUCGUCAGGCGCUUCGUCGAACCUCAAAGAGCCGAAUGGUGCUCUUGCUGACUUAAAGGUGGACGAGGGGGAAGAAGCGGCGGUCGUAGAGGACACACUCGACUGGGGCGAUGACGAUGACCUAGCCGUGCCAGAGGAGACCGUUUUGGACGCUCUGAGUGACAAGGUUGCCGACGCGGUUCCUGCAACACAUGAGGAUACCGGUAAGCGUGGAGAGGAUUGGGGCGAGUGGGACUAA